AUGUGGCCAUUGAAGCUGAUUGUCAAAGCGAAAAUGAACGCGUACACCUCCACGACCGAAGUCUCGACGCGUCGCCCUCGCGGUCGCACCGUCCUCACUCGCCCGUCCACCCUUACCGCGUCUCUCAAGGCGCUGUGUUCGUCCCCGCUCACCCCGAUCACGCCGUCACCCUUCCGCGACGCGCCUAUCUUGUCCCCGUCGACGCCCUUGCUGCCUGCGCAUCCACGGAACCCCGUCUCCGGCUCCGCGUCUCCUAUUUCCGGCUCUAGCACGCCCAGCAACUCUCACUCCGGCCCAAGCACACCGCCAACUACCCCACCGACCACCCCGCCAUGUUACAGCCUCACGACUCCGCACAAGCCGAAGCGGAUACAGACGCCGUUCUCGCCGUUCAAGGUGCUGUCCGGCUUGCUUAACGUCGUGCGUCUGAGCCCGACGCCCGCUCCUCGUGCGACUGCUGUCCACUCUCCUCCUGCCUCGCCUGUUGAGUCCUUCGUCUACCACUACGAUGAAGAGACGGGUUUUACGCGCAUCUUCAGUGAGCCCGACGACCUUACCAGCAUCUUCGAGGCGGACGACGACGCGAUGGAGCUCGACUCGGACGAGCACCCCGAGCAGGACGUCAGCCCUCUGCCCUUCAUCUGGGCCAGGCCCGCCCCCAACGCCCCUGCCGCACCCUUCACCGACGACGCAUCUCUGUCCACGGACCUCUUCGCCCCUGCCGCCGACCACGGCCUCGGCAUCUCCUGGCCCGGCAUGCAAGCCUGGACGCUUCCGUCGCCACCCCCGUCACCGCUGAAGCGCUGCAAGCGCAAGCGCAGCGAGGACGACGCGUACGCGCAUGCGGACGCAGUGAAGAAGCUGCGUGCGGAGGAGGCGGAGUCAGAGGAGGACGACGACCCGGCGUCCUUGUGGUCGUGA